AUGAGAAGCCGGCUACUCACCAUCAUGCUGCUGGGACUGGUGGCUCUCCUGAAGGCUCAAGAAGAUCCACCUGAUGACCAGGAGGAUUUCUCUGGCAUCUGGUACACAAAGGCCACAGUAUCUGACAGAAACCUUACCGUUGGGAACAACCCAAAGAGAUCUCUCCCUAUGAAGGUUUACAACAUGGAUGGAGGGGACUUGUGUGUCCAAAUAAGGGUUUGGAUUCCUGGACGUUGUUAUGACAUAGAAGUUCACUUGAAAAAAACGAAUGAGCCUCUCAAGUACACGGCCUUGAAGGGUACAAGUGUCAUCUAUAUUGUGAAGAUCCCUGUGAAGGACCACUGCAUCUUCUUCUGUGAAGGCAAGCGCCACAGGAAGAGAUAUUGCAAGGCGAAACUGGUGGGGAGAGACUCUAAGGACAACCCAGAGGCCAUGGAGGAAUUCAAGAAAUUUGUAAAGAGCAAGGGAUUCAGACUGGAAUACAUCAUUGUCCCUGAGAGAAGGGAGGGGAAGAAGCCACAGGGUGUGGCUGACACCAGCACAGCCUGGGACCCUGUGGCCCGAAGAUUGUCCUGUCUCCCCGAGUCCCACUACAGUACAGCGGCUGCCGCCGGGGUCCUCGGGAUCCUGUGA